AUGCUGCCUUUCGACCGUCUGGUGUUGUGCGGCGCCCCUGCUGCGUCUGCCUCUGCUGCAGCAGCAGCUGCUGCUGCUGCUGCGCCUGCUGCGCUGGUGGCAGUGCACGGCAUGCUGGGCGACCGCAGCUCUUUGAGGGACUUCUGCAAAGGCCUCGAGCCCCUGCUGCCUCCUGGGAGGGUCUUAAAAGUAUAUUUGGUGGAUUUGCCAGGCCACGGGGGUUCGGGGGCCCCCGAGGGGCCCCUGACGGUGCCGGGGAUGGCUGCUGCGCUGCUGCAGCUGCUGCAGCAGCAGCAGCUCGAGAACGUGCUGCUGCUGGGCCACAGCCUCGGCGGCCAAGUCUGCAUGUGUGCUGCUUUGGGGGCCCCCCAGGGUUUAGUUGGGGGCCUCUGUGUCAUAGACAUUUCGCCAAUUAAUUACUUUGAGCAGCAGCAGCAGCUGCCUGCUGUGGCGGGGGCCCUCGACAUUGUGCUGCUGCUGCAGGCCCUUGCUGCGCUGGACCUCACGGGCCUCCAGUCCCCUGCUGCUGCGCUGCUGCUGCUGCAGCAGCAGCACCCCUCCAUCUCCGACGCAGACGGGGCCUUCCUGCUGCAGCAGCUGCAGCAAACUGCUCCGGGGGGCCCCCUGCAGUGGCGCAUGGCAGUGGGGCCCCUCAGCAGCGCGCUGCAGCGCCGCGAGCUCUGCUGGGGGCCCCCCGAGGCCCCCACGAGCAACAGCAGCAGCAGCAGCAGCAGCAGCAGCAGCAGCUGGGUUUUUGGGGGCCCCGUGCUGCUGUUUAAAGGCUCCAAAUCCCCUUGGAUUGAUUUAAAAAGAGACACAAAUCAAAUUCUUUCUUUUUUUCCGAAAGCCAAAAUUGAAGUUAUUCAAGACGCGGGACACAGCCCCCACAAGGAGCAGCCGCUGCUGCUGCAGCAGCAGCUCAUUCAGUUCUUUUUCAAGAACUGA